GCAAAAUGGGCGUCCGUUCUGUCACACCAAUCCGCAAGGGUGGUGCUCCUGGGAGCUCUGGCGACGGCGACUACAGUACUUCUUUUGGAGACGGUCACGAUACUACGGAAGCCAUCGAAGAAGAGACCCUGAAUGUCGUACCUGGAAUCGACGACAAUCCUGACGACGCCACUUCCUGGGCAGCCGGUCUCUCGUUCCCCGACAUGAUGGACCUCGCGCGGGCCAUCAAAAGGGACCUCAAUGACGCAGGUCAUGAGGAUAAGAAGAGAGACGGCUGGAAAGGCCCCAUAGGCCUAGGUUCUGGUGGAGGCCGCGCAGCCAUGGGCAGCCGCUCCCGUUCACGUGUGAUCGAUCACUGC